AUGUGUACGGACCGCACAGAGGCUCCGCUUUCACUGAAUUAUUACGCGGAGUGCCUCGCCAUUCUUCAGAACUCAGGGUCAGCCCGCGCUGAUCUCUUGCAGUCGGCAGAGAUGGACACCUUUAACAGUAAGUUACAGCAGAAGGCUCUGCAGCAACCUAAGCAGAAGAAAUCCAAGUCGGCUGAAUUUCUGAUGGGUGAAGAGGAGAGAGCGGCUGUGGUGGGCAUUGAAAACCCAGCCUUCGAUGGAGGAGGAAGCGCAGAGCUUUCUCCGCUUUGGCUGGGGAGAGAAAUUCGAGGUGACAGGCCAGAUAGCACCCUUGCAGCUCACCAAAAAAAAAUGGAGCUGCAAGCCCCUGCCAAAGAAAGAGGAAAUAAUCGCACCCAAAAUUACUUUGACCCAUUGUCGGCAGAGCAGACGGACCCAAGGCAUCGCAGGAAGGCUGGGGUCAGCGCCGAAGAUGAGCUGGAAUUAACGAUGCUGGAUACUGAUGAGAACCGGCUGUAUCAGAGGAUGGCUGCACUGCUGGACGAGGACAAUACCUUCAUUAACAUUCCUGGUACGCUGCUAGCCUCCAGGGAUGAGGAGGUGUUGGAGGUGAAGGCAGGUGAUCCUGUGCUUCAGCGGCGACUGCUGCUCCACGGUGGUGGUGGUGGUGGUGGUGAUGCCUCGGGCUCCAGGUCCUCUCAGGCCCACACUGUUGCCAAAACCCAGACUGGGGCCAGUGCUGAGCUCGAAGGAGAGGCUGCACUGGAAGCAGGGAGGAUGGUAAUGGGCAGAGAGAGCGCUGCAAAAAUGAGCACAGCUAAGGAGGCGAUCCCCCACUACGCCCAGCAGCUGAGGGAGCGUGUGCGGCCUGACAUGAUCACGCUUGGCAGCCUUUCACUGCAGCAGCAAGCGGCUCAGAAGGGAACGGUGAAGAGGAGUGAGUGGGCAAAGAGGAAGAGGAGACUGAUGGACUUCUUAACUGGGGAUGUAAAGGAGCCUCAUUCAGAGAGAGACUGUGACGUAGCGGCUCCUCCGCCCGGGCUCAACACUCUCAGCCGAACCAUUGAGAGCCCGUCACUCAGAGCGCUGGGGGAAGGCCAAGAGGAAGCGAUAGCCAAAUACGGGCAGAUGACAGAGCUCCAAGAAUCCUCCUCUUCAGCAUCACGGCCCCCGUGGCAGCUGCACCAGAGCACCAGUCCCCAGCCUGUGGAAGUUUGUGUACGAUGCCUCAGAGCCACCAGAGACAAGCUACCCAGGGGCCUCUACUCUGUCAGCGUGGCCCUUCACAGCCGUCUAGGAGGACCAGCUUUGGCUUGGUGUGGUAAGAAGGAACAGCAAUACCGGGCGAUGUCCACCGAGCCGACCGAGCACCGAGGUCGCUACUAUGACACGGACCUGCAGGUUAACCAGAGUCUUUUUAUGAUCUUACCUGCAGCCCAUGAAGUCGUCCCAUCCAUGGUCCUGGUGUUCCAACUGAUCGCACUUCCAGGACACAGAAGCCACGUCAGCUCUGUGCUGGCAUGGGGAGCAUUUCCUGUUUGUGGACCCAGCCUGGGACAGGUCCAAGGAAGGUUUAAAACUCCUUUGGUGAGAGGAGAGCCAAACAAACAACUGGAUCAGUUUAAAGAAAUUGAAGCUCUCAUCUCUUCUGAUCUGGACCACUGGCUGUGCAACCUUUACUUCCAGAUUAAAAGGCUUCCUUCUGGUGCUCCAGAGCACUGCAUCACCUCGUCACUCACUCAUUCUAAUCAUCAAAAUGAGUCCCAACAUGACCAGUCCCAAAGCCACCUGCCACCCCAGCUCCAACCCCUGUCCCAAAGCCAGCUCCGUCAACAGUUCAUCCACCCCCAGUCCCAGUUAAACUCCCAGCAGCAGCCUCACACGGGCCCCAGCAGCCGAGCAGGAGAGCCCGCUGUGGUGCACUCUCACCGGGGGUCUCCUCUCCACCUGUCAGCUGACUCCGCUUGCUCUUCCUCAUCUCUGCCAGGCAAGAAUUCCUCCUCGGGAGCCAUUUCUGGAAACAUGGGCGAGAAGAGUGAUCCGUGCCGGGAGAAAGCAGAGGGUGGGAUUCACUACAAGAAGAAGCCAAUCAAGAAGACAAAUAGCUGCGGCCCCAGCAUGAGCGGCAGCAGCGCACCGCCACGGCAGGCAGACAAACAGAAGAUGCAGAACCUCUCGGCGGAGGAGAUGGAGGAGUAUACAUUCUCCCUACAGUCAACACAGACUGAACCAGCCUCCUUCCCCUCACGCCUCUCAGACCGAGCCCGCCUGGCCCUCCGCAUGCUGCCGUCCGAGCUGGGCCUUCCGUUGCCUCGGCAACAACAGCCGCAUAGAAGCUGGCGUGGCUCCGUUCGGCAGCUCGGCCUCAUUAUGCUGCUCCUGGCUUUGAUGUGGUUUGUGAGGCUCUACCUGCAUUACUGCAGCCAGUGGCUCUACCUCCAGGCCAUCGCAGUUCCUGUCAACAAAUUCCAGUUCCACGCACACACGGUGGACCUGGUGUACCAGGGUUCUCUGCUCCACACCCGGGAGGAGCUGGCGAUGGUGGUGGUGGGUCCCCUGACCUUGAACGCAGUAACGUUCCUGCUGGUUCUGAUCAGAUGGGGCUGUCAACAGAUAUUUGGCUCACUCCCUUCCUUCACGUCAAAGUUUAUCAUGGCUCAGGGAGUGUGGACAGUCCUCGACCCCCUGGCAGUCUUUGCAGUGGACGCCCUCCUCGGGCGUCUCGCCUACAGCCCCGACACACCGGUGGGUGACGCAGCCAAGCUAUACUGGCACUUCUACCGAACCGACCAAUCAGGCGCAGCCGGAGUGAUCAUCACUCUCUUCUUGUAUGCAGUCAUUUCUCUUCUCUCCAUCACCAUCAUGUCCAUUUACCUGCUCAGAUUCCACAACAAUGGGCGCAUGCUGGAUGUCUUUCAACGGCUCACAGCCAAGGAGGGGACAUACUUCCUACCUGAUGACCUUGAGCUGUCCAAUCAGGAGCUGAGCUACAUUGUGAAGAAAGCAGAGCAGUGGAGAGGCUUUAAUGGGGAAAGGCGUAAGGUUGCAGUUUAUGAUUAUAUCUGGACAGUGGAAGACUCAUCACAAGGCUCGGCACCUCCUGGUGACACCCCAAGAGAGGGUGUGCUCCAACCAGAGGGAGAAACUAGCACCCAUGUGGCGAUCUACACCCUGUACCUGAGUGGGAGGAAACAGAAGUACAGACACUUUCUCAGGCAACCGGAUGGUGCUGUAAUUGAGGUGAUCGGGGAUGUGGAUGGGCUGGACAGUGAAACCAGGAUGGCGCCCUUUCAGGGUCAGAGCAGUGCCGAUAAGACAGAGGACAAGGAACGAGCGAGUGCUCCACAAAAGCUGCAUAAACGGAAGAAGCUAUUUGGGACGUUCAUGUUGACUUCUGCUGACACUGACCAGGUGGUGUCGUCACAACUGGUUUCCAUGGAGCCUUCAAACAGGAAGCAGGACGGGGACAUCAUUGUCCUUGAACCAUUGCUUUACUACCUUGGCAGUAUGUUUCGGAUCAUUAUCAUGCUUCCAGUUGGGGCCAAGCUGGAGUUUCUCAGCGGAUUCCUUCACGUUUUCAUCAAGAAUCCUAAUGUAAUCCUCCUUUCACAUAAUUCCUUGGACCUUGACAAGGUUCCCUGUGCCACUGGAGGAGAAGCAUCCCCAUAG